AUGGAAUUGGAUGCGCAGGCAUUGCAAGAGGGUGCGGCCAACUCGGAAGUCCUCGAGUACCUCCACGCUGAAGAGCAGCGGCUGAGUGACGAAACGAGGAGCAUGCGCAACAGCGAGCAGGCUGCAUUCGAGGAGGUGGAAAAACAACGCUCCGAGAUGUUGUCUCUGAAGGUAGAGUGCUCGGCAGCGUCGGUUUCAGUGGAGCAUCCCCCCAACGAGGUGGUCGAGCAUGAGCUCCGCAUCUCUCUUCCUCCCGGGCAUCCGGCUCUGCGGCUGAAGCGCUUCGAUGACCUUCUCGCAGCAUUGGAGCUUGAGAAGGAAGAGAUUCUGGAAGAGCUUCGUGAAGAUUCUGGGCUGUGGCAGGCUCAGCGAGAAGUGGAAGAGCCCGAUUCUCGGCGACGAGCACGGCCGACGCCUCGAGACAGUUCCCAGUCCCAGGCUCUCUGGCCAGCUUCUCCUGCUGGAGGAGGCCACCCGCCGCCGGGGUCAGCAGAGCCAAGCGGCCUUCGGCUCAGGAAUCGAAGAAUCAAAGAUGGGCUUGCGGCAAGGUGUGGGGCAUGUCAGAGUUCCUGGACGCCAGCGCGGCCCGCAGAAGAGGUCCAGCGCCGGAUCCAGCAAGCGGGACCCGCAGUGGCAGAAGUUGAUGACUUGCAUGCCCAGGCAGCGGCGCUCGAGAAGGAGAACGAGAUCCUGAGCCGACAACAGGUAGAGUGGCAUCGCUCGCAGAACUUGAUGCUCCGCCUCGCAGAGGAGAAAAAGGUUCCUCCGAAUCGCCCUGCAGAGUCAGGACGCAGCCCUCAGGCCCAGGGGGAGCCCUCCGCGUCCAAGCGCAGCGAGCGGAGCGACCGGGGCCAGGCUGAGCUGGAGCAGGUGCUGUCGGCAAACGAAACCUUUCGUCAGAGGGUCCGGCAACUGCAGGAGGAGAAGGCCGAGCUCGUUUGCAGUCAGAAGGGGUUGGAAAGCUUCAUCCGAUCGCGAAUGACAGCGAUUGAGACCAAGCUUGCCGACAACUUCGUAAGUUCGUAUCCGCCAUCUCCGUAG